UGAAGCUACUCUUCUGAAUUAUACCACUCGCUCACAGAACGUUGGCACUGUCUUUCCUCCUGCUGUCCUGCACGAUGGCGGCGGCUCAGCAGGUCAUGGCAGCACCCGUUCAUGACAAUAACAAUUGCUCAAAGGAGGAGAAGAACCGUGACAUCACCCAAGACAUGCCCUUCACCGAGGCGGAGGAACAAGCACCUGAUGCAAAGGUGCGUGACAACGGCGACUCCAUGGACGAGGAGGUCACGAUCGCGGUUGAUACGGAUGAGGGGCGAGGCUUAGCACAGGAAGUCGAAGCCAAGCUCGCCGUCGAGCCUGCAGAAGGUGGAUUAAAGGAAACCAAGGAAGGAAGACCCCGCCCGGCAAAGAAGACUGAGAAGGCGGCCGCCAAGGGGGCGGUCGUCCCCGUCGACGACCACACUGCUGAUGAGGCUGCUGAGCCGAAAGGGGCAAAGAAGGCCGAGAAAGCGGCGGCCAAGUGGGCUGUAGUCCCCGUCGACGACGACACUGAAGAUGAGGCCGCUGCGCCGGCGGAUCAGGCACCGGGGCCAGCGCCUAUUGCUCAUGAGGAGGCGGCGGAGGCGGCCUGCGAGGAAGCGAUCAAAGGUGGCACGAAAUGUGAGAAAGCUCACGAGGAAUAGGGGAUGUGUUGUGGUGGUUUGCUUUGCCGGAUUCAAUAACGUAGCGAUAAGGUAGUGAAUUCGGUCGGGUUUAAGGUUGUAAUCGAAGCAGUCAGGUGGCGUUGAUCACUUGGUAUCGUGCAGGGUAUUGCCUACAAUAAAACAAAUCGUGUGGUGUUUUUCUUA